AGGCUGGAGGAAAGGAAGCUCCUUCUCCGCCAUGGCGGGGCCGGUCAGCUUGCGGGAACUUCUGAUGAGAGAGUCGGCCUGGCUGGGCUCUGAGAGUCCCGGAGGUCCCCCCGCGGAAGGCGGAGGGAACGCGGCGGGCACGCCCGAGCCUCCGUGGAGGGAGGAUGAGAUCUGCGUGGUGGGAAUCUUCGGCAAGACGGCGCUGCGCCUGAACUCCGAGAAGUUCUCUCUGGUGAACACUGUGUGCGACCGACAGGUUUUCCCUCUCUUCCACCACCAGGACCCUGGGGAUCUAGGGCCUGGAAUCAAGACGGAAGCGGUCGCCGUCGGAGAGGCCGGAGGAGCCGGCGACCCGGGGGCUGCCGCCGGGGAUGCACUUCGUGGAGGUAUGGCUACGGCGGAAGGGAACCGAGCUGAGCCGGGUCCCCAGGACUUUAGCCUUCUGCAGGCUUAUUACAACCAGGAAAGUAAAGUUCUGUACCUUAUUCUCACUUCCAUCUGCGACAAUUCACAACUUGUGCGUGCUUGUCGGGCUCUCCAGAGCGGAGAAGCUGGUGGAGGCCUCUCUUUACCUCAUGCAGAAACACAUGAGUUCUGGAAGCAUCAGGAGAAGUUGCAGUGCCUCCGUCUCCUUUACCUUUUCUCUGUCUGUCAUAUAUUGCUCCUGGUCCAUCCGACUUGUUCCUUUGACAUCACUUAUGACCGAGUAUUCCGAGCCCUGGAUGGGCUGAGGCAGAAAGUACUACCCCUACUCAAAACAGCCAUUAAGGAUUGUCCAGUUGGCAAAGACUGGAAGUUAAACUGCCGACCUUGCCCACCUAGACUCCUUUUCCUCUUUCAACUCAAUGGAGCCCUUAAGGUGGAACCCCCUCGGAGCCAAGAUACAGCUCAUCCCGAUAAGCCCAAGAAGCAUUCUCCCAAAAGAAGACUGCAGCAUGCUCUGGAGGAUCAGAUCUAUAGAAUCUUCCGCAAGAGUCGAGUCUUGACCAAUCAGAGUAUCAACUGCCUCUUUACGGUACCUGCCAACCAAGCUUUUGUGUACAUAGUUCCAGGAAGUCAGGAGGAGGACCCAAUCGGCAUGUUGCUGGACCAACUUAGGAGUCAUUGUACCGUGAAGGACCCUGAGUCUUUGUUGGUGCCUGCGCCCCUCUCUGGACCUCGGCGUUAUCAAGUGAUGAGACAACACAGCCGACAACAGCUCUCCUUCCACAUCGAUAGCAGCACUUCCGGUUCUUCAGGCCAGCUAGUGGACUUCACACUUCGAGAAUUCCUAUGGCAGCAUGUGGAGCUGGUCCUGAGCAAAAAAGGUUUUGAUGACAGUGUGGGCAGGAACCCGCAGCCCUCCCAUUUUGAACUCCCCACUUACCAGAAGUGGAUCUCAGCGGCUGCAAAAUUGUAUGAGGUGGCUAUUGAUGGGAAGGAAGAGGAUGUGGGCUCACCCACUGGAGAGCUAACCUCUAAGAUUUUAAGCAGUAUUAAAGUCUUAGAAGGAUUUUUGGAUAUAGACACAAAAUUCUCAGAAAACCGGUGCCAAAAAGCUUUACCCAUGGCUCAUAGUGCCUACCAAUCCAACUUGCCUCAUAAUUACACUAUGACAGUCCACAAGAAUCAGCUUGCUCAGGCCCUUCGAGUCUACAGCCAACAUGCCAGGGGUCCCGCCUUUCACAAAUAUGCCAUGCAAUUACAUGAGGACUGCUACAAAUUUUGGAGCAACGGCCAUCAGCUCUGUGAAGAGAGAAGUUUGACCGACCAGCACUGUGUACACAAAUUUCACUCCUUACCUAAAUCAGGAGAAAAACCAGAGGCGGAUAGGAACCCUCCUGUGCUGUACCACAACAGCCGAGCCCGCUCCACUGGAGCCUGCAACUGUGGCCGGAAACAGGCACCUCGGGACGACCCCUUUGAUAUCAAGGCCGCCAACUAUGACUUUUACCAGGUAGACUCUGAAGCUCUCUUUGUUACCGAAUAUUAUCCAAAUGAUACAGCUAGAGGCAUGCUACAUUCAAAUUGCCCCAAAGGUCUCUUACCCAAAUUCUCCAGCUGGUCUUUGGUUAAACUCGGCCCAGCCAAGUCUUAUAACUUUCAUACAGGUUUGGACCAACAGGGCUUCGUUCCAGGAACAAACUAUCUCAUGCCUUAUGACACUGUCAUCAGUAAUAUUUUUAUUUAA